AUGGCAGCAGCGAAUUCUUCUAAUGGAGAUUCCGUUAAAUCACCGAAGCGACCUCCCCCGCCAUCUCCCUUGCGUUUCUCCAAAUUCUAUCAGUCUAACAUGAGAAUCUUGAUCACGGGAGGAGCUGGAUUCAUUGGUUCUCACCUAGUUGAUAGAUUGAUGGAAAAUGAAAAAAAUGAGGUCAUUGUUGCUGAUAACUACUUCACUGGAUCAAAGGAUAACCUUAAAAAAUGGAUGGGGCAUCCAAGAUUUGAGCUUAUCCGUCAUGAUGUCACUGAACCUUUGAUUAUUGAGGUUGAUCAGAUCUACCAUCUUGCAUGCCCUGCAUCUCCUGUUUUUUACAAAUAUAAUCCUGUAAAGACAAUAAAGACAAAUGUGAUUGGCACACUGAACAUGCUUGGGCUUGCAAAGCGAGUUGGAGCAAGGAUUUUACUUACAUCAACAUCCGAGGUAUAUGGGGAUCCUCUCGAGCAUCCCCAAACUGAAACCUAUUGGGGAAAUGUGAACCCUAUCGGAGUUCGUAGUUGCUAUGAUGAGGGAAAGCGUGUGGCUGAGACUUUGAUGUUUGACUAUCAUAGGCAGCAUGGAAUAGAAAUACGUGUUGCAAGAAUCUUUAACACUUACGGGCCACGCAUGAAUAUUGAUGAUGGACGUGUUGUCAGCAACUUCCUUGCUCAAGCACUUCGUGGUGAACCCUUGACGGUCCAAUCUCCAGGAACACAAACUCGCAGUUUCUGCUAUGUCUCUGAUCUGGUCGAUGGCCUUAUCCGUCUCAUGGGAGGAUCCGACACCGGACCAAUCAACAUUGGAAAUCCGGGUGAAUUUACAAUGCUUGAACUUGCUGAGACAGUGAAGGAGCUUAUUAAUCCAGAUUUGGAGAUAAAGAUAGUGGAUAACACUCCUGAUGAUCCGCGACAGAGAAAACCAGACAUAACAAAAUCAAAGGAAUUGCUUCACUGGGAACCAAAGGUUAAGCUGCGAGAUGGCCUUACUCUUAUGGAAGAGGAUUUCCGUUUGAGGCUUGGAGUUGUAAAAAAUAAUUAA